AUGGUUGAAAAGAAUUUAGAACUUUAAGAGAAAUAUGGAGAUGAUGUUGAUCUCUAAGAUAAAGCAAUGAUCGAGGAAAAAUAAGUUGAGAAAAGAUUAGCAGAAAUUUAAGAAGAGAUCAAAGAUAUUUAAAACUUUAAGUAAAAUGAAAUUGAAUAUAUUGCUAAAGCAAAAUGGAUUCCAGCCCAUCAUAUCUUGGACAUUCUUCAAAAUACUAAUUAAGACACCAAGGUCUAAAUAUAUAUUGACCUUAUGGACGAGAUUUAGGAUGUAUACACUUUUUAAUUUAGACUCUUUGCAUAAAAGUCAUUGCAGUUUCUGAAGGAUAUAGACGAGAAAAUUCUCACCUAAAAUGAAUUAUUUAUCAAGAUCAUGAGUGCAAAUGUUUUUAAGAGACUAAGAGGAAACUUUCCAGAGCUUAAGGCAUUUUUGUAUAACUUAAAGUCACUUCAUAUCUUUGAUGAAGUAAAAGUACUUAAAGCGGAAAGUUUAGAAUUGAUAAAAAAAAUAAAAAAUAAUGAAGCUACAUAAUAGUUUCUAGAAAAAGUUAUUAUCAGAAUGUCAGACGAAGUAGAGGAAGCUUUAGACAAACUUAAGGAUAAAGUUCAACAGAGCUAUAGAUAUCUAAACGCAUCUUUUAACAAACCACUUCAUAAUAAUGUAAAUGCCUAGAUCAUUGGUUCUUUUGAUUUAGGAACUAUUUAUGUUUUGUAUCCUGAGUAUAGAUUAGAUAUAGCAGUAUGUACAGAACUCUUUGAGGAUCCAGCUAAACUUUUAGAAAGUAUUAUUCCAAUGCUGAAGCUUAGAGAUUCUUAUAUAAAAGCAAGAGGCGAUGAUUUUAGUGAAAAAACCUAAAUCAAUAGGAAAUAUCUAACACUCAGAUGCUCUGAUCCAGAGUAUGAGAAUGAAUAUGAUAUGAAAUUGAUAUUUACCAAAGGAAAAGAUGAUUACAUUGUUAGCUAGCAUUAUGAAUUCAAAGAAGUUUUAAAUAAAUGCUAUAAGCUCAAAUUAGCCUACAGGACUAUUAGUUCUUGGGCUAAAAAAAAUCUCUAUGAUAACGGUGCUGAUUUUGAUAUGUUUUCACAAUAUGAAUUGCAGCUUUUGUUUAUAGAUUUCUUGAAUCAUAACUAAAUUUUCACACAAGAUCUGAGUUAAAUGAAAGUUAAUUUUCUCUAGUUUGAUUCAUAGGAAUUCUUUUUAGAUUUCCUUAUCUAUCUGCUAAUCACUCUUAAAGCAGUUUAGAUUAAUCCAAUCCAAACUCCAGAAUUAGAUAAAAAAUGCUAAAAAGAUGAGUUAAAAUAAGACUAAGAUAUAAAACAUUAGAAUAAUUUUUCAUUUUACCAAAUGAAGGAUAAGUUGGGUAAUUAUGUAGACACCAGGAAAUUCGAUAGAGACUAUAUGGAUGUAACAAACAUGUUUAGGAAGAUUAAUAUUACUCUCAGGCAAAUAAUUGAUGGUAUUGAUUUCUUUGAUUGA